GGUUCGUGCACCAGAAAUUGAAGUCGAAAGCCGGGGGGGAUCCCACGCCUUGGGCGUAUCUAUAAAAGCUGCUGGAGGCGUACGACCCCCUCCCCAUCCCCCUCCCCUUCCCGGCUUCGAAAGCAAGGUUCGAAACAAGGGAAUAUUUGUACCGAAAAAAGAAAAGGGGAACCUAAUUCUCUCUCUCCCCCUUUCCCCCAAAGAGGGGAAGAAAAAUCCCCAAUCCGAAUCCCGACGGACCACUCCCAUCUCUCCAUUUCCUCUCUCGUCUUCCUCUGUGCGCCGCGUCGCGAUACCUAGGAGAAGAUGAGGCGCUCGUCCACCAGGAAGACGGGCUCGGCCGAGAAAGUGAACGCUUCGUCCGGUUCAUCCGAUCUCUUUCGCUCGGCUACAAGUAAAGCUGUUUCCAAGGAACUGGAACGAAUAGAUCACCUGUUUCAAGCAUAUGCAGAUGGCUCUUCAGGCAUGAUUGACCCUGAAGGGAUUGAGUCUUUCUGUUCUGACGUGGAAGUUGAUCAUACUGAUGUCAGGAUACUUAUGCUUGCCUGGAAAAUGAAAGCUGAAAAACAAGGAUAUUUUACUCUGGAAGAAUGGCGAAGGGGCCUAAAGGCACUACGUGCUGAUAGUGUCAGCAAAAUAAAGAAGGCACUGCCAGAAUUGGUGAAAGAGGUGACACGGCCAUCAAAUUUCUCAGACUUCUAUUCUUAUGCAUUUCGUUAUUGCCUGACAGAGGACAAGCAAAAGUGUAUAGACAUUGAGAGUGCCUGUGAACUGCUGGAUCUUGUAUUAGGUUUCCAAUUUCGUCCCCAGGUCAACAAACUUAUUGAGUAUCUCAAGUAUCAACAUGACUACAAGGUGAUCAACUUGGAUCAGUGGAUGAGCUUUCUCCGAUUUUGUAAUGAGAUAAACUUUCCAUCCCUCGACAAUUAUGAUUCAAACCUGGCUUGGCCCUUAAUUUUGGACAAUUUUGUGGAAUGGAUGCAUGGAGUGCAAAGUUAGUUUUCUUUUCUAAGGUGGCGCAGAUGUUGCUGCCUUCAACUGUGGUGCUUCAUGAAGAAGGUAGCCUGACCAUUUUCCUUUUCCUUGGUCUUUGGAUAGAUUCUUAAAGAACAUUUGCUGGUUGGUUACCGGUCUCUCAUGUUGAAGGGUAGAAAUCAUCAUCAUUUUAUCUCUGUAAAAGCUUGAAAAACCCUUGUAAUGUUACUCCUGCAUCUUUGGUGUUUUUAUCAUUGGGCUUCACUCAGAUAUUGAACUAACAAGCAGAUUUUUUUUUCCUUAAUCUGGAAUAAGAAUGCCAACAUACUUUUAUCUGGAGAGGGAUAUUUAUCAUUGAUCAAAUUGUGACAACUAAAAUGAGCAAUUGCUAUUGCCAGACAUUGUUUCUUUGAUGAGAUAUUGUAAUAUAUUAUGCUGUAAACCCUACAUUUUUUUUGGAAAUGAAGUCACUGAGUUCAUCCAA